AAUCUGAGGACGUUUUUUGUUUUACUUGAGACAUUUGUACACAUGUACAUUUGUGUACAUGAUAUAUAAAUGCAAUUCCGUCAAAGCAAUCUUUAUAAACGGUGUUUAAAAUCUUUAUGUAGGCUACUGCCCGCAAACGACUAUGAUUGGUUAUCCCAUUAACGCAAAGAGAGAACACCAACAAAGCCUUGCGCUGCUUUAGAUUGACAGAAAAUUUGGCGGAAGUGAUAUAAGGAUAAAUUAUUAGUAUUAAUAUGUAAUUUUAAUAUAUAAUAAAAUAUUGUCCAUUAUAGGAUAUACUGUGAAAGAACAUUUUUAUUUGUUACUAUGCAUAUAAUCAACAUCCGGUCCUCUAAGCCCCGCCCAUUUAGACACUACAGUUCAUGCCCACUGCCGUUCUACCAUCUUAUUCUGUUUCUACAUCACUGAUACGCAUCUGCAUCCCAUCGCUCAAGCGCUCGGAGAACAGAGGAUACUGGGAUGAUGAUGAUGAUAAACAUACCGAGAAACUGUGUCAUAUAGAGAGCAUCUCAUUACCGCUGUGCAACUUGGCCAAGGAUGCCCACCACGGAGGCAGAGACAGCCUUAUAAUAGGGCUACAGUCUGCAGGACGCAAAAAGCAGCUUGUGUCUGCAGACAAAACAACGAGGGACUCUGUACAGAGCUUACAGGGCAUUAAGAGCACCAACUAAUCCUGUGCAUGGCAAAAAUAUAAAAGCGAAGAGCAAAAAAAAAAAAAAAAAAAACGGGCUUUUGCGUGAAGAAGGAGAUGUUCGGGACACAAAAGACGCAGCAGCAGUAGGAUUGCAAUCAUUCAGUAUUGUUUUAAUUUGGGGCUAUUUGAAAUGGGAGCUUUGACAAGCCGUCAGAAUGCAGGAGUCGAGGAGGUCGAUAUACCAUCCAGUUCUGUUUACAGAUACCCACCCAAAUCCGGGAAUUAUUUUGCUAGCCAUUUUAUUAUGGGAGGAGAGAAGUUCGAUUCAACUCAUCCUGAAGGCUACCUCUUUGGAGAAAACACUGACCUCAACUUCCUAGGCAACAGACCAGUAGUGUUCCCGUACAAUGCUCCCCCUCCUCAUGAGCCAGUCAAGACCCUCCGCAGUCUCAUCAACAUCCGUAAAGACACUCUGCGGCUUGUCCGAUGUAGCGAGGACAUGAAGCUUCCUGGACAGGAAGUUGGGAAAAGCCACAGCUGCUACAAUAUUGAGUUCACCUUUGAUGCCGACACACAAGUUGCCAUCACUAUAUACUACCAAGCCAUUGAAGAGUUUCACAAUGGUGUGCCAAUAUACUUGCCGCAGGACAGCUCUCUGCAGUCAGAGACGGUGCAUUUCAAACGCGGCGUCUGCCAACAGUUCUGUCUGCCCUCUCAUUACGUCAACUUAUCAGAAUGGGCAGAUGAGGAGCUUUUGUUUGACAUGGAUAAAGACAUCUACCCCAUGGUUGUACAAGCAGUAGUGGAUGAGGGAGAUGAACACUUGGGACACUCUCAUGUUCUUCUUGCAUCCUUUGAGAAGCAUAUGGAUGGAAGUUACUGUGUAAAACCUCUGAAACAGAAACAAGUGGUGGAUGGUGUCAGUUACCUGCUGCAAGAGAUCUACGGCAUAGAGAACAAAUACAACAGUCAAGAAUCAAAGGUGGCUGAAGAUGAGAUUAGCGACAACAGUGCUGAAUGCGUGGUGUGUUUGUCAGACGUGCGGGACACACUUAUCCUACCCUGCAGACACCUGUGCCUGUGCAACGCCUGCGCAGACACACUGCGUUACCAGGCCAACUGUUGCCCCAUCUGUCGACUGCCGUUUCGUGCCCUCCUUCAAAUACGAGCGAUGAGGAAAAAACUGAGCCCGCUCACACCUACUGGAUUCAACCCUGUCAUCACCUCGCAGACGUCAGAUUCAGAGGAGCACUCGGCAUCAGAGCACAUCCCACCAGGCUAUGAAGCUGUGUCCCUGUUGGAGGCCUUGAAUGGGCCCCUGAACCCGUCGCCAUCUGCUCCUCCACUUCAGGGCCUCACCAGGGGCCAUGUUUCUGGAUCUGCGCCCACAUAUGGCAGUGAUAGCCAUCACACGCCCGUGCGCUCCCUCUCUCCGCUAGAACACUCUGUCAACUCCAGCCAGAAUGGGAAACACAAGAAGAGUGGCUCUAAAUCCCUCUCCCAGAAUUCUUCAGUGCUGCCUGAGGAGGAGGAUGAGAAGUCAUGCAGUGAGUCUGAAGUGCAAACUUGCAGGAGAAAAUUGCAUGUAGAACAACAAGAGUCUGGUGUGACUCCUGAAAGUGACAACCUCACUCUGUCAUCCUCGGGGGCCAUAGAUCAGUCGUCCUGCAACGGCACCCCUCUCUCCUCCACGAUCACCUCCCCAGAGGACCCAGUAAGCAGCAGCCUGGCCCAGUCUGUGAUGUCAAUGGCGUCCUCUCAUAGCCAGCACUCUCAGAUUAGCACCGACACACUCUCUUCAAUGUCCGGCUCCUACAUGGCUGGGGCAGAGGGAGAGGAGGCCGCUGAGACCCCAGCAGAGAGCCGAGCCCCUUCCCAACAUGAGGGUGAGGAAAUCCCCAACGAGGCAAAAGGGCAUAACUUUAUAGCUGCCAUUCUUGAAGAGCAGGAUUCAGAGGGAAAUGAUGUGACUGAGGAAGAUUGUGCAUCUCCCACCAAAGAACAUGGUGGGCGCAGGAGGAGCGAGGUGCCUUGUCCAGAGUUUGACAAUAACAAUCAGGGGCAGUCUGACACCCACUGUAUGACAGGCCUGGACAAUGAGCAGCCUCCUGAUGGCCGAUUCGCUGGUCUGUUAUACCUUGACGUCUAUCGUCAUGGGCGGGAUCCUUUGACUCACCAUGCGUCCACCAGCAACAUCAACCUGGACGAUCAAGGGGUCACCAAUGAGGCAGCAAACUCCAAGAACAAAUCUCAUCGUGGACCCCUGGCUGUGUGAAAUCCUCAAUCCACCCAGGCACAGACCUACUCCAAUUCUGAGAGGGAUAUUUGCCUCUUCCUUCAUCCCACCUCUGCCUAAACUCAUGCCCACACCAAUUACUCAUGGAUCAAAUCCUAAAUGCAAACCAGGGAGGAUUGACUGUGUGGUUUCCCUUCUCCGUUGUGAUAGAUGUCAUGUUUUUAGCGCUCUUUUGGUGGUGAUACUUGUGUAAAGCACCACGUUUACACCAACGCUCCACCCCCUCAUGUGUACAAAUAAAGGGAUGAAUCAAGCAAGCUCUCCUGAUGAAAGACUGGAAAAUGAGGACAUGAUAAAGACUCCAACCUUUGCUCCAAGCAAUGUUUUUCUCUUAGAAAUUUCAUGUCAAGGCUGUGCGACUGUACUUUUAAAAACAUGUUGUGACACAUUAUAAUUUCAGCAAGCACUUUUAACCCCCAUGAAUUCAUAAUCAAAUCCUGCUGAUUUGAAUCAAUAUCCCUUGGGAUUUUCCUCCUUAAUGUCACUGAACAUUUGUAUGAAUAUUUCAACUUGUACUCCUGGAGAUCUGCUCACAAUACCCAAGAUAGAUGUUUCAAAAGAAAAUGAUGGAAAACAGAGAGAUGAAUUCUUAGAAGUUACAUCAAAGCUCAAUUGUAAACUCAAUCGAUCCUUCACAAGAUUUACUUCAGAGCAAUAACACAUCUUUGCUCAUGUUUCUGCCCUUGUCAGUUUGCUGCAGCUCACUUUGAGCUCUACUUACAGCCCUGCAUGUUACAAAGACACAAAGCUACUGAGCUGCCUAACCUGCGUUACACAUGGGAAAGCUUGCCUGUGACUUCCUCAGAUUGCUACUGUUGAUGGUAUGUUAAAUGUCACAAAGCUGCUUUUAAGCUUUUUGUGUGUUGUUUAACAAAAUGUGUUAGUUUCAUGUCUAAGGUACAAUCUAGCAUAUGCCUAUAUGCUACAUUUAGUCAAUUUGUACCCAAGACUUGAAGCAAAGCUGAAGUAGCUUUUCAGACGUAUGUCGUUGGACUCGUAUGGAUUACUAUUGCAG